GUGAAGGAGAAAAGAGGAAAAAAAAAAAAAACCCAGAGGGAGGAGGUCCGAGAAGGAAGGUAAAGCCAGAGGAAAGAGAGAAAUUCACUGCGAUAACCAAUGCCACAUACAGAAGCAAAUGUGGAGACCCUCCCAACCCCAAAAGAAGCGUAAGGAAAGGGCCUUCCAUCCGAAGCACCUCAAACAUGGCGUUUGCUCUUCCUCUUGCCAGCUGACCGGCCACUGACAGUCUUCCUUCCUUCCUUCCAUCACCACUAGUUUGAGGGCCAAUCAAACACCUUGGAUUGAAACUUGGGAUUCAAUCUCAUCACUAUUUGUGGUAAGGAUAUAGCAAUGGAAGACAAUGGGGGAAGCAAGUUGAAUGGAAUUCGGCAGAUUGUUAGGCUGAAGGAAAUCCUCCAAAAAUGGCAAAAUGUGACAAUAGGCAGCCCAAAGGGGAACAACCUUGACACUAAUCAACCUCAUGGGGGCAUUUCACCGGCAAUUAGUAGGAGGCUGAGGAGCGCCAAUCCCUAUUGUGAUUCGGAUGAGGAUGGUUGCCAGAGUCCUGAACCGCCUCAUGAUGUUCCCAAAGGGUACUUGGCAGUUUAUGUUGGCCCGGAGCUUCGGAGGUUUAUCAUUCCCACUACCUAUCUUAGUGACCCCUUAUUUAAGGUGUUGCUGGAGAAGGCAGAGGAGGAGUUUGGGUUUGAUCAUAGUGGUGGGCUCACAAUCCCAUGCGAGAUAGAGACCUUCAAGUACCUCCUAAAGUGCAUGGAGAACCAUCAGAAGGAUCAAACUAAAGGCAACACAGCUGGGACGUCAUUACCUAUUGAGGAGUGAGUACUACAAGAAUUCUCAGUACUCAGCAGUGGUGGUCUAAAUUGUAGGACUGAUUUUCUGGUGUAAAGCAAGGUCUCCUCGGAUGCAGAUUUGACAUUUCUCUUUCUUUUUUUGUUAACUGUUUCAAGUUACAAAAUAGAUAUUUAGUCAUAAUUUUGGCAAGGCAUGUUGGCAAAAUGUGGGAGCACUGAAGGCUUGCCUUGCCUUGCCUUGUCAUUUUUGUUGAUGAUUGACCUACAUUCGAUGUUUGAUUGAACUCGAAACACAUUAAAUGAUCAGCAAACUGUCCAACGUAAUUAUUUAGUGAUCCUUUAACUUGUCC